CAUUCGACACGGACGUCCUCGCUGUCCACCCCCGCAGUGUAAACAGAACCAGUUCCAGAUUACAGUUCAGCUCUCCACCAUUUUCAGCGGCUGAAGACUUAUUUUACAAUCGAUAUUACCCUCUUGGUGCCCGCUAUAACUUUUGGAUCACCUCACAAAUCUCGGAUAUUCGCAGGACAUUACAGGAUGGACAGCAAGGAUGACCCACGGGUGCCUGCAUGCCCCCAGGCGGUCAACGCGCACUGCAACUUUCUUACACUCCCAGUCGAGCUGCGUUGCUAUAUAUACGAUCAUCUACUUGCGGAGCCGCAUGCGAUCACCAUCUCUGCUGGCUACACCACCGUUUUCGGCCACCGCAUACGCGACAAGGCGCGUAAAGUCAACGUGCCAGGCCUCCCGUUCGACCUUGCACCACUUGUGCGCAGCAAUCACGACACCACGCUGCUCUCCGUCGCUGUACCGCCGGAGGUUGCUCUCGAAAAGGAAGACGCGUACAAUGGCGGUAAGCCGCGGCUGCAGCUGCCAGGCGCGCUCGCUUUGCUAAGGACGUGCCGUAUGGUCAACGAUGAGCUAGCGGACCACAUGCGCCGUAGGAAGGCGCGGAAAGCCAGAAAUGCGCACGCCAAAGACAAAUCUACUGCUGCGGACGAUACUGAAGGACUGAGUCUCUACGUGUCUUAUCCGCACGGCGUUCUGGUGCUGAACCAUCUGUAUCCGUCCCUCCUCAAACAAGCGCGCCGCGUCUACAUCUCUGGAUACUACGCGAGUGCCAAAGAACCCGAGCUGCCGCUCAAUGCAUCUAUCGACUCGAGUGCAGACCUGAGCCUAACACCGCAAUCCUCAUUCACACCGACGCCAGUACAUUCAAUGGACAACGUAACGGAAGCCCCGACAGCGAACCAUGCACCGCGUCUGCGGUCAAGCCGAACUCGCCUUCGUCUCGACCCACCUCUGCAGCAACAGGUACCGCUUACCAAAUCAGCGAAUACGUUCCCAGCCUUCGACAAGUCAACAUCUUCCGCUGCCCUUUCAGCACUUGCAGACACACUCCGCAUCCUCUUUCCCUCUGCAUCUGCACCUACUGCAUUUACUCCAUCUCCUCUUAUCUCACUACAAGCGCGCAUGCUAUACCCCGGUGCCGAAUCCUACUCUAGCGUCUGGAGCGACGAAUCGAGCCCUGUCAGCCACUUGUUACGUGGUAUAUGUGGUGGCAAGAUUGAUAUGCAAGUCAAGCGCGGGAGCUUAGGGUGUGGGGUGUCUGUGAGUGUGGUGCCUCAGCCGGAGAAGCGAAUCGUGAGCACGAGCUGGGAAAACUGGCGGGUCAUCGAGCAGGCGCCUGUUGGGUUGAACGGGCGUAUGAUGGCUGGAAGGGGGCGAGAAGUUCGAUUGAGUGAUCUGGACCAGUUUAUGAUUGAGGUCUAGGAGGCUGAGGAAAGGUGGCCGCAAUGGUAGGUGUGUUGUUGCGACACGAGAAGAACUAUGAAGCUUGGGUACGAUAUUGGGUACGAUGUUGCAUUAUGAUGACUACGACGAAAGGCUUGAGAGACGGCUGCUGGCAGUCAGGGCAUCAUUAUGAG